AUGUUAAUUGUUGGGAGUUUAUUGCUAACAGCUGUGCGUAUUCAUCCUGUGAAAGCAAAGAUAGUUGAUGGAGAAUUAAACACUUAUGAGAAUUGGGCAUUCAUUGAAAGGUUUUGUUUCCUCUCAGCUGAAGGAAAAUUUGAAUAUUUAAUAGAGUAUGAAAAGACAUAUUCUGUGCAGAAACUACUUCUUUAUUAUGAUACAUUUGACCAGUGGGCAUCUGCUUACUUUCCUGGACUGUCAUGUGAACAACGUGAAUCCCUUGCUAAGAUGUCAAGAAAGCAGAUAGUAAAUCUGACUGAUCAAGUACCUUCUUCCGGUUGUGAAACUAUACGAACUACAGGUCAACGUUAUCUUGUACGCUGUCAUGAAUCUCGUCGCUUCAAUUCAGCUCGACAACGAUGGUGGUUCAUAGCUGUUUCUAAUUGCAACAGUUCGAAGGGUCUGAGCCUGAAAUAUCGAUUUUGGAUGACUAAUGGACCAACAGGAGAUUUCUGGCAUGAGCAUUUUUCUGCUGAUGAAUUCUAUAUUUUACCUAUAUUGAUAACAUUUUGCAUUCUUUACAUCAUAAUCAUCUUGGCUGCCAUAGCUUGUGCUGUGGAAUUAAAGCAUCGUCAUUUAUUACAUAGCACCUACAAACUUUUCAUGAUAUCAGCAUUAUUACAAGAAUGCGGUAUUAUUCUCCAGUGUUCUGCAUACAUUAAGUAUGGUUUAGAUGGUAUUGGUUCAAUUCAAGCCCUAAUAAUG